ACUAAUAAAAAAAAUAAUAGGUGACAGAUAAACUGACAGAUGCAGUUUGACAGCAAUAUAGUAAUUUCUGUUAUUUAAAAAUCGCCAAAAGGUGAAAAAAUGGCCAAAUAUUUUGGUUUAGAUAGACUUGUAACAUUUUGGAAUACUGUUAAAGAAGCUGGCGGCAUAAAGGCUUCUUUGUAUAAAUUGUACAGGAUGGAUAACCUGCGUCCUGGACAACUUGUAGGAACCGACAAGUAUGGUAACAAAUAUUACGAGAACCGCAGCUACUUUUAUGGAAGGAAUAGAUGGGUAGAGUAUGCACCUUAUUAUGCCUUGGAAUAUGAUGGGAGUCAAAUUCCAGCAGAAUGGUUUGGAUGGAUGCAUUACAAAACAGACUUAACUCCAGACAAAGAUCCUUCUAGGCCAAAAUACAAGUGGAUGAUGGAUCAUACAGAGAAUAUGAGUGGUACACCUGGGCAGUACAUGCCAUAUUCAACAACCAGACCCAAAAUUCAACCGUGGAUCCCUCCCAAGCAUUAAGAGUCUAAGACAUAUUUAGUUUGUUUUAAUUCUUGUAAAUGUAUAAAAAGAUAAUAUAUGUCCUCAGCAAAG